UCUAAUAAAAUACAAGACGUGCAUUCAUGAUGAAAUUAAAUAUAUUCAUAUGUACCUUCAACUUUUUCUCUAAUUACAAACUUUAUUUUCUACCCAAAUUUAGCAUUAUAUAAACACAAGAGUGAUUAGUUCAGAGUCAGACAUAAUCCAAUAAUGUCCGAACCAACUCCAAUCACUGAUCCUUACGCUUAUCUCAACAUCGUAAAGAACCCGGAUGGCUCCAUCACUCGCGACCUCACCAAAUUCCCGUGCACCCCCGCCACACCCGAUCCUUCCCCGUUAAACCCCGUCGUAUCCAAAGACGUCACCGUCAACAAGUCAAAGUCCACGUGGAUGCGUCUCUACGCUCCCAACGACGCCGUUCCCUCCCAAAAACUCCCGCUCAUAAUCUACUACCACGGCGGCGGUUUCGUCCUCUGCAGCGCCGACCUCCAAGUCUUCCACGCCUUCUGCUCCGACAUGUCCCGCGACCUCAACGCGAUCGUCGCGUCGCCUUCGUACCGCCUAGCUCCCGAGCACAGGCUCCCGGCGGCGUACGACGACGGCUUGGAGGCGCUGGAGUGGAUCAGAAACUCCGGCGACGAGUGGAUCGGAUCCCGCGCCGAUCUCUCCAACGCCUUCCUCAUGGGGACGAGCGCCGGCGGGAACCUGGCGUACAACGUCGGGAUCAGAUCCGUCUCCGCCGGAUCGGAUCUGAGUCCGUUGCGGAUCCGCGGGAUGAUUCUGCACCAUCCGUUCUUCGGCGGAGAGGAGAGAAGCGGAUCUGAGAUGAGGCUCGCGAGCGAUCAGGUCUGUCCGCCGAUCGUCUCAGACGUGUUCUGGGAUCUGUGUUUACCCGUAGGCGUUGAUCGGGAUCAUGAGUAUUCGAAUCCGACGGCGGGGGGUGGAUCGGGGGGUUUGGAGAAGAUCGGAGGGUUGAGAUGGAAGGUGAUGGUUGUUGGAGGAGAGGAGGAUCCGAUGGUGGAUCGGCAGAGAGAUGUGGCGAAGUUGAUGAGGAGGAAGGGAGUGGAGGUUGUGGAGGUGUUUAACGACGGCGAUUUUCACGGUGCGGAGAUCGGAGAUCCGUCUAAGCGUAAACCUUUAUUUGUUUCCAUCGGAAAAAUCAUUUCUUCCUCUCCACUGUAAUUUUUUAAAAACAAAAAAAAUUAUAAAAUAAAGUUAUACUGGAAGCUUAAGGCCCAAUAUAUAAGGCUUCUUUU